AUGUCCAGCCCAGUGAUGAAGAAGCAGAAGAAGGGCGAGCCCGUCAAGGGCACCUUUGAACGCUUCCAUAAAUGGGCUGCCGAUGUUAAUGUUGUUAUCAAAGGCAAGAGCUACAAGCGACCACGUCUUGGUACGGGGCUCCCUCAAGAUCCGAAUCCACCACAGCAAGCUAGGUACCACCUCAAGGCUGUGAAAGGAAAACGUCGACGCAUAUUCAUGCAGGAUGACGAUACCAUCACGGGUGAAUUCCCCCCCGAAGAUAAAAAAUGGUAUGACGUCCUUGCCGAAGACAGUGACGACAGUGACUAUUUCAAGGAGUCAUGGUACGUCGGAAUCGACAAACACAACGGAUAUUACGGACCUGCCGGCAAACAAAAACUGCACGUCUACCCACCACCGGAAAAAGAAGAAGAUGAAUUCUUGUAUAUCUGUCUCCUCGUCCAAGAUGCGCUCGAAGAAGGUUACCCCGUCCUCCCGGUUUUUCAAAAAUACAUCCACGAAGGAUUCAGAUAUCGAAAUCGUCUCACAUACUGGCAAUGGGCUAUGAGAAAUAAACUGAGGAUCUACACUCAUAUCCUUUGGUUCUCGCUGUAUGUCACACCGUUGAUUUGGUAUUGGUUAUUCUAUCCUCCAAAGGAUAUGGUAGAGACCAAGCAUGGGCUUGUGUGGCCGGCUCUUCCGGUUGUUGCACCUCCUGCUAACGGAAUUAGUCUUCCGUUCCACUUUUGGCCCUUCCAUGAACGGCAAAGAGUUGGAUGGAGCACCACUACACUCAUUGGUUAUGGGCUCUUCUAUACCUUCAAUUUCUUCUUGCUCUGGCUUUAUUACCGAUUUAAUCAUCCUCACCCUUACUAA